GUGGCCGUGCUCGUGAUGCCUUGGGAGGCGAUGUCGGCCGUGGCGGGGGCGUGGCUCUUCGGGCGUGUGUUCUGCGCCAUCUGGGUGGCGUUCGACAUCAUGUGCUCGACGGCGUCCAUCUUGAACUUGUGCAUCAUCAGCGUAGAUCGAUACUGGGCCAUCGCCAGCCCGUUCCGUUAUGAGCGCAAGAUGACGCAGCGCGUGGCCUUCGUGAUGAUCGGCGUGGCCUGGACGCUGUCCGUCCUCAUCUCCUUCAUCCCCGUGCAGCUCAACUGGCACGAGGCAGACGAGGACGACGACGCCGGCGUUCUCAGAGAGUUCAACUUCACCGGAAACGUUAGCAACGACAACUGUAAAGCUAACCUGAACCGCACGUAUGCUAUCUCGUCCUCGCUGAUUAGCUUCUACAUCCCGGUGGUGAUCAUGAUCGCGACGUAUACGCGGAUUUUCCGCAUUGCGCAGACGCAAAUUAGACGGAUUUCCUCGCUGGAAAGAGCAGCGGGACACGACUGCAGCGGAGACAAUUCAAACUCGCUGAAGACGGCGUUCAAAAAAGAAACGAAGGUCCUGAAGACGCUGUCCGUCAUCAUGGGCGUGUUCGUGUGCUGCUGGCUGCCGUUCUUCGUGCUGAACUGCGUGGUGCCGUUCUGCCAGUGCGUCAGCGACACCACCUUCGCCGUCUUCGUCUGGUUCGGCUGGGCUAAUUCCUCGCUGAACCCCGUCAUUUACGCCUUUAACGCUGACUUCCGCAAAGCUUUCUCCUCCAUCCUGGGCUGCCACAAACUGUUCCCCAGCACGACCGUCGAGGCUGUGAACUUCAGCAACGAGCUCGUGUCUUAUCACCACGACACCACGCUGCAGAAAGAAGCUCCUCCUCUGGUUCCGCCCAAAGAGGAAGAGCGUGUACUGCGGGCUCAUAAGACUUCCUCUCUCAGCUCCUCCUCUUCCUGUGUCGGAGUGGGCGGAGUGUUUCGCGAUCACACGCACAUGCUGCUGCCCAGCGUGGGCCGGUGCGAAUGCGACGCAGAGAUCUCGCUGGACACCAUCACUCCCUUCACCUCCACCGCCAUGAUGGAGUGCGGCGGGAUCCCAGGACAGAUCGUCAACGAGUGACGGCGGUCUAUCAUCCGAACAGGAACGCCAAAAAAACCCCCAAACCAUAAUCAAUAACCUCAUACAAGAAUUCUGAUCAGUAAUCAAUAAUCAGUGAUGAUUUCUGUUAACGUUAUCAUUUAUGAAGUAUUUAGCUCCUGAGUGUUUU